UAAAAUGAGAACAAAAACUGAUGUAGGGUGAAAGGAUGCAUCCAAUCUUUUGCCAUGCUUGAAAUGACCACAAAAAAAGAACAUGAAAAGAUGUAGUUGUUAGGUUUGGAAGUUGAAACAUAUUACCACCACCCAUGUUUAGUUGAGAAAUAAGAAAGCUACUAAGAUGCACAAUUUUUGUAUUGCUUUGAUGGACUCUGUGAUCUUUCCUUUUCCAAAAUUAGGAACGCUAAAUGAGGAACCAUCUCGUAUCUCACAUGACAUUGUUGGUGUCCUAGAUAGGACCGCAACAGAAGGGUGAAGCAGAUGCACAUGCACGUGUGCAUGUGUGUGAUUAAUAUUACGGUAUUCUAUUCCAUGAGUUAGAAGAUAUAUACAGUUUUACUUUUAUCUCUCUAUAGUAUUAUUACCUUACCAUCUUCCAAAUUCAAACAUGGAUGCACGUGCCUAAAAUCCCUACAUUUUCCUUGUCCUCAACCUUCCAACCACUCAGAAAAUAUAUAAAUGGAAUGGGAGAAGAAUAAGAGAGCACGAGAAGAUGAUGGAAUCGAGAUUGAAUCUUCUUCUGAAAGUAAUAUCAGUGCAAAGAAGAGAAAUGCAUAUGGAAUAAGCUUGGCGAAGGAGAAGAAGAAGGAAAUGGAAGAGGAAGAUUAUUUGGAGGCAUGGGAUUCACACUUGGCAAUGGGAGUGUUUGAUUUUCCUUGGCUGAAAGAUGGUGUCAUAUCAAAAUCAGAUCAAUGCUUGGAUUUUGAAGACAAUUUCUCAUCAUCUCUAGAACACCAAGACACUCUAUUCAAACAGAAUGUUGAUUUCUCUGCAGAAUGUGGCUUGUGUAUAACUCCAGAGGUACCAAUGGUUCAUACUGAAGACGCUGAAUUGGUAGAGGAUUUGUGGCAACCAUUUGAGAGUAAUGGGUUGGAGUUAGAAGCAGAAGAUGGAGAUUCUAUCUGGAACUCUCUUCUCAAUAGGCCUCUUUGACAGAAUUUGGAUUCUUUGUAUCCAUAAUUCAAGAAGUUCUUGGGAUUGGUGCUCAAGAUUUUGGAAUAAGAAAUGCAGUAGAUGUAUAUAUUGGAUGAGUUCUAUUCAUGGCAGACAUGUUCAAACUCACACUUUGAUGAUCUGAAAAAUGUCAGCAAACACCAAAGGUAGAGAGAAAUUGGCAACCAGCAUUGGAUAUUAUUCCUUCAUGUUUAUGGUUUUCAGUUACAAUCAUGGAUUUCUGAACUUAGGGUUUAGUGUCUAUUCAUCAAUUCUAGUUCCUGACCAAUUUUUGUUACACUUUUUUCUUUGAUUGUCCAAAUAAAAUUACCUAGACUUGUAUUUUGGUCAAUUAUAAAAUGCUUUAU